AUGCUCCUGGAGUCGUUAUGUGGUUCAGAUUCAUGUAAACGAUCUAUUGCUAAUUGGUCACUUCAUGACGUGACUGGUCCACAGCUUAUUAUAGAUGUGUAUGAAGGCCAUAUCAAAAAUCCUAUUGUUGUAAGGUAUGCAGCUGGUGUAGUUGCCACCAUCACUCUACGACAACCUGAUCUUGGCAAAUUGCUUGUUGAAGCUGGUGUAUCUGCAUAUCUUAUUAAG